GUUACGUACUGCUGAUGGCGCGUGCGGCUCUGCUGUGUCUGCUGCUGGUUGCGGUUUCGCUGCCCUCCUCACAAGGACUCAUCUGUUACUCGUGCGUGUACUCCGCGGGAGACAAAAGCAAGGCUUGUGUGGACAGCCCAGACAUGGUCACGUCGGGCAGUCCCAAGGUCACCUGCAAGACCGAGCAGAAGUACUGCACCAUCCAGCGGCAGGAGAUCCGCUCCACUGGUGAAGUGAACUCGUUCUUCCGCGGCUGCGCGGAGGAGCCCAGCUUGAAGGACACUGUAAUAGAGGACGACUCGUUCAAGACGUACUUCCGCUCCUGCCAGACCAACCUGUGCAACGCCGGGGACGGCCUCAGCUCACUCGGCGGCGGCGGCGCUAUUCGCGACCCGGGUGCGCAGGGCACGCUCAUCGUGCCCGGCAUAGGUAGCGGCGCAGGCGCAGUCGCGCCGGCCUACGGCCGCUGGGUGGCGUUGCUGGCGGCGGUAAUGGCGGCCGUCGCCGGCCGGGCACUCGCCGCCUAG